UCCCCAUUGGAGAGAGAGAGAGAGGAUGGAUGGGAGAAGCAUAAGGAGUUCAAUGGAAAGCUUGAAAGCAAAAUCGAAGCAAGCUUCAGUUUUGUGGGCGGAGGGUUUCAGAGAGGCUUGCUGUCUUCACCGCGUCGUCAUAUACUGUCUCAGGUCAAGGGAGAUCGCCAUCCGUACUGGACAGUGUUUCCUCUUGAAUGGCUUUAUUUUCUUGGGAAGUAUACUUGUUCUGAGAUCUGUCGUCAUUCCCACACUACAAUGGGUGUUACCUGAUGUAUGCCUGCUGAGUACAUCUCCAGAACUAUGUCCAUUUGGGGGUAUAUCCAGAUUCUAUUCCUUCUUACAACAUGGAUUGAUUCAACUCGUCUAUGUGUUCUGGUUCUACCCAAUGUAUAUAUCCAGCUUUAUCCUAAACACACUCUGGUACAAUGAUAUUGCAAAGUAUGGCUUUUUUGCCAUUGAGAAGCAUGGGACUUCUAGUUCAGAAUCAUUUACUGAAAAGGAUAUGUCUGCCAGUGAUAAGGCUACUGACUUUGAGGGUUUAAUGAUUGAGGUAUUUGAACAAGUAUAUUCAGUUCUCCUGUUGAGUUUCUUCUUCUUGGAGGUUUAUGUCACUGGAUUCAUACCAUUCAUCGGGAAGGCACUAAACCUAUUGCUUCUUUCGUGGAUGUAUGCCUAUUAUUGUUUUGAGUACAAAUGGAAUUAUUCUGGUUUGAGUUUGGAUAAAAGGCUAGAUUUCUUCGAAUCCAAUUGGCCAUUUUUUGCUGGUUUUGGAAGUCCAUGUGUUUUGGCCGCUUUCUUUUACUCUCCUCUUGUUAGCUAUGGGGUUAUGGCUAUACUAUUUCCAUUGUUUGUUCUGACCGCAACAGGCUCAGAAGCAGACAAAGUUAUUGCGUCUCAGAGAAAAAAGUGGAAUGGUGCUCGAUUGGGAAGGAUUCCUAUAUUCUUUUCUUCUGAUUAUUUAUCGAUGAAAGUGUUGUCUCUGUUUCCGAUUGGAUCACACCGACAAGCGCAUGACCAGAAAGCUCAGUGAUUAUCUGAAUUUGGGUGGCUUCACGAUGUAUGCAGGGGCGAAGACUGACUAUUCAUGUAAUUCUUCAACAACUAAAGAGAAUAAUUUACCAGUGGAAGAGUUUCAACCUGUAUAUAACCAAGAAAACAAACCAAGUGCUCUAUUUGUUUGUUCAAUACUGUACAUAUCUGUUUAACCUGGUGUAAAUCUUACGGAAUCUCGACAGUGUACUGGCUCUUGAAGGAAUAAUGUAUAAGAUAAUCUGUUUCGCCAUGGAUCUGUUCUGGAUGUCUAACUAAGACAAACAGUAUCAGAAAUCCCAAGCACGCCCAUGUAAUUAACAGCAACAAAUACUAUUGAAUUUGUCUAUGGUUUUUCUUUUUAA